AAACACACCUUAUAUCAUAUGAUCUUAUGGCAUCUUGGGUUAAGAAGGAGCUUGCCAAACUCAGAAUCUACAAGUCCAAUAAUAGACUACUCCUUCCUCCACUAGAUACUUCUCCGACAAUGCUUCCGGUUGAGGAAGUUGUUUUAGCAGCUGAUAUAGGAUGUGUGACAUGCCAAAAGAGGAUGGUUGAUGAAAUUUCAAGAAUUGAAGAUAUUGAAUCUGUUGUGGUGCAUGUGUUUGAGAAGAAAGUGACGCUUGCUCGUAAAUCUGUGGCUAAAGGUUCCUCUUCUGCUGCUGCUGCUGCUGCUUCUGCUUCUGCCAAAGCCUCAAGGGCUGCUUUGUUUUCAUUCCAUAUAUGAAGUUUGCAUCUUUUCUAUGUAAAAGCCUUGCCAAUAAUUAAGCUGCUUUUGACUAUUGAUUAAUUAAAAAUUAAUGGGGAGAUUAUCAUUUUGGAUUAAUCAAAGAUGGUUGUUGAUUCUGGUUAAUUUCAUGCCGUUGCAGUAGUCAGCCUAAUAUAAUUCUGCAGAUCAUUGCAUAAGGCAUGUGAAUGUCCAUCCAU